GGCGACAAAGAGCAGAGAGACAACUGUGUCAGGAUCGGCUGAAGCCUCACACUGCUACUGCACCGCCUGGGUCGAACAUGGCAAAGAAGCGAGUGGCUGUCAUCCUGUCCGGUUGUGGUGUCUAUGACGGCUCCGAGGUGCACGAAUCCUCGGCGGUGAUGGUUCAUCUGAGUCGGGCCGGGGCCGAGGUGCAACUCUAUGCCCCUAACGUGAACCAGAUGCACGUCGUGGAUCAUAAGACUGGACAACCCACUGAGGAAGUGCGUAACGUGUUGGUGGAGAGCAGCCGGAUCGCCAGGGGCAACAUCAAAGACCUCACUGACCUCAUCAUCAAUGAUACCGAUGCCCUGAUCAUCCCAGGUGGAUUUGGUGUUGCAAAAAAUCUCAGCAGCUGGGCAGUUGAAGGGAAGAACUGCACUGUGGAGGCAUCAGUGGAAUCAGCAAUUAAAAAAUUCCAUGCUACAAAGAAACCCAUUGGUCUCUGCUGUAUUUCUCCUGUGUUGGCAGCUAAACUCAUUCCAGGAUGUGAACUAACUGUAGGUUAUGACACAGAAUGUGAGAAAUGGCCCUUUGCAAAAACAGCCCAGACAUUGAAAGAGUUAGGCUGUGAGCACAUCAAUAAGCAUGUCAAUGAAGUACACAUCGACAAGAAAAAUAAAUUGGUGACGACCAGUGCCUUCAUGUGCAAUGCCCCCAUCCAUGAGAUUUUUGAUGGAAUUGGGGAAAUGGUGAAAGAAGUCUUGAAACUUGCAUAAGCCCAUGAAGUAAAUUACUGUAAUUAAAUGCAGUCCUGAUGGAAUUCUGAAAGCUUAAAAUUAUUACAUUUCUUAGAAUGUGUAUUUAUUGGCAAUAUUGAUUAACCCAAUUUGUUUUGAGGGAAUUCUUGAAGAUGUUUGCCACUAAUGUGAAAGAAAACUGAAACCAAAUUGUAAAAAAGUAUUCCAUAAUAUGAAGUAUUAUUACUGUAUUUCAUUUUCCACAAAGUACAAAUUGUAUGUUUUUACAAAGCAAACUAUUAAAGUAUUCAAUACAUUGAAA